CGCUGGAGAAGACUGCUGUCACUAAACACAAUGUGUGUGUGUGUGUGCAAGCGUCAGUGUGUUUACUGAGCCAAGAGCUCACAGUCGUUUUCUAGCCCUGCUCAGUGCAUCUGUGACCCAAGAUAUUACUCACAGCUCAACUCAAGCUGACCAGGUUUUUGAAGUUUUUCGAAGCGAGUGCUACAAAAAAUAUCCAUGGAGGGAAACAGACAGUCUGUUUUAAAGACCACAAAGGUCCGCACUGCUCUGAAAGGAGACAACAGCUGGAUACAGAGACGCCAGCAGGAUAAUCUUGAGCAAGAGGAGGAUGAGAAACCAUGGAUUGCUGAGGUGCGGGGAAACCGCUCAGAUGGCGUGUUGGAAGAAACAAGUCCUGUUUCUACAGCCACAACUAAAGAUCCUCUGCCCACAGUCAACACUGAGAAAGAAAAAGCAUCAUCUGGAUACCUGAUCAGAGGGGUUUUCACAAAAACAGAUGCCAAGCCAACAUCAACUUCAUCAGCCAAUGGAUAUGCCGGGGUAAAUAGCUUCACCAAAAAGUCUUCUAAUAGUUACAAGAAAAUAGCUCCUCACACAAUUCGAGUCAACAAUGAGACGCCCGUGCAGUCUGCGCCCGCUCUGAAUGAAGAGGAGAUGGAAAAGAGGACAGCGGCAGCCAGCAGUGUUCUCAAAGGUUCAGCGGCCAGCCAGCGUUCCUAUGUAAUGUCGGCUGCAAAGAAAUAUGACUCAUCUGAACAACCCAACAGCUCUACCCAGACGAGCACUUCUUUUGUUGCCAAAAGAGUUGUCAUAAGUGAUGAUGAGGAUUUACCCACUACAGAGCCUGCUCCAUCUGCCUCUCAACACAGUGUUAAAACACCCCCAAAAGAACCCCCUGCCCCAUUAGUGAAGGAUGUAAAGCCAGUGCCCGCCAUUAAACCUGUACCUAAACCUACAUCACUUGCAACUGAAACUAAACCAGUGGUUGAAACUAAAACAGCAGUAACUGCAACAAAACCCUUGGCCGAACUUAAAUCACUCUCUGAAACGAAACCCACAACGCAAAUUACAACAGUUACUGAAUCUAAACCUACAUCAGAAACUAAACAAGUUCUUGAAUCUAAAUCCACAAAAUCAACAGAUGAACCCAAAACUAAAUCUACAACACAAACUACAGUAACUACAACGGUGAUUGAAUCUAAAUCCACAGCUGAACCUAAACCAGCCUCUGAGACUAAAGUUACAAUACAGACUAAAACAGAAACUCAACCCAAAUCUACGGCAGAAAUUAAACAAGUUGCUGAGAGUAAAUCUAUAACACAAACUACAAUAUCAACUGAAUACAGAUCCACAGCUAAAGCUGAAAAUAUCCCUACAUCUCAGAAGAAAGUAGCAUCUGAACCCACCCCAGACCAAAGCGUUGAAAGUCUGACGGCUCUUUCAGACACACUGAUAUCCUUCAACACAGAGCCUGCCAGAACGGAUCCUAAACUGAUCGUGGAAAAGAGAAAUGGCUUGAAGAAUGAUGAUCUUCUGGAUCUCUCUGAGAGUAAACCUUCACUAGAUCUGCUCAGCCAAGACUUGCUUACAGGUGGCAGUUCACUGCCGUACACAAAGCAGACACAGAAGAGUCUGGACCUGCUCACUGAUGAUGUUCUCCCCAGCAAUACUAGUGCUACCAGAAUCAGCACUGACUACACUUAUAGCAGGACAACCGUAAAAGAGUCAUCGCAUUUUGAGAGCUGUGAUGAUCCAUUUGAUCCAAUUCCAGUAAGAAGUCAUCGCACAAAGAGUCAUGAGUGGUAUUCUGAUCCGAUAUCAGACUCGACCAGCAGCUCGACAGAUACAAUCAAACAUUACGAGAGUCCUAUGAACGUGGAUCCCAACAUGUCCGAAGAUGCUUUGGUGUCUCUGGCCGAGGACGUCAUUCCUUUUAAUACUAAGAGGAGGAAUUGGACAGUGAACAUGGAGAGCUCAACCAGCACUAAAAUCGUGGACACCGCUGACGAAGAGAAGUUACCAGAAUCUGAAUCUAAGAAGGGCUUUGUCUACGUUAAAGAAUAUGUAAACAAUUCACAUCUUGAUGACAGCAGCUCUGAUUAUGUGACCUCAUCAACCUCCGGCUACAAUUACAGCAGCCCCAGUAACUACUCCAGCAAUAAAGAAAAGUCUUGCACAUUCUGUGGAGAACUGGUGGGAAAUGACACGAUCACCAUUGAGCACCUGAACAUAUCAUGUCACCCGUCCUGCUUUAAGUGCGGUAUCUGCAGUAAGCCGAUGGGAGAUCUACUCUACAACAUGUUUCUGCACCGUGGGACUGUUCACUGUGAGAGCUGCUAUUCCAAUGUGCUUUAAGUCUGACAAUUAAUUCCAGGAAAAAUGGAUAUACUUUAUUGUUAUGUACUUCUCCUUGCUUGUUAUAGGAAUUAGACUUGAAACGAUGCGAGCAUGUUCAUACAUACUUUAAACGAGGCUUUAAUGCGGGAUGCUUUAAAUGUGUGCUAGUAGAGCCAUAAAAGAUCUUGUUGUAGGGAUUACAGGAUUGUUUUAUUUGGAUGCAAACAUCAAAUUUUAGUUAUCAGACAAUGUAUUUGAUCAAGAAAAAACAAUGGUAAAUGUCUGUUUUCUGUGACUCUGAAUGGCUGGUCUGUUGUGAUGCCAAUAUAUUCUUUACAUUUUCUUUAUUGCAAAAUGUGAUUUUCUGUAUAACAGCAGUCUCAAAAAUAAACAGUUUUAUCCACCUUUA